AUGGCUCUCUACAUGCACGGCCUUCAACACGAACUUAUAUCUGCGCCAGCAUUUAUUGGUGCGAUUGAAUUACUACACAACCACGCAAAUCCACGCUACACGCCCCCUCCCCCGACGUCAGCCUACCGUUGGCGACCCAAUAUCCCAUAUCGCGGGUGUGAGAGUGUAGCUGGUGGUGGUGGUGUUGUGCUGGAGAUUUGGACGCGCGGGCGCUUGGGUCGUGUUACAGAGCGCUGGCUGCUAACGCUCGCUCGGCCGGAGCGCAUUGAAGUUUCCUGCGGCCUUGGAUUCGAGACAGACGAAACGGUCUGGCGGGUGAUAGAUGCGCGUCUGAGCUUCAACCCGCUCGACUUCAUAAGAUGGGACGGAGGAAGAUUGAGAUCGGUGACGUUCCUCAAGCGCAAAGGCGGGCUCUUCAAGAAGGCGCAUGAGCUGUCGGUACUGUGUUCCGUCGAUGUCGCCGUCAUCAUCUUCGGCCACAACAAGAAGUUAUACGAGUACUCAUCUUCAGACAUCAAUGAGAUCAUUGGCCGCUUUCAAUACUAUGGCGGCGCGCAUGAGCACAAAGGUCCGGCGGACUUUGCAGAUAAAGGAGGCGGAGGGGAUGAUGACGACGAUGAUGAAGGUGGCGAUGAGGGGGAUGAGGGCAGGAACACGCCGGCGCCGGACCAGCCAUCGAUGGGACACCCACCCAUGCAGAUGCAGCAACAUCCCGGCUUCCAGCAUGUGAGACAUGGCACGCCGUCCGGAUCGCCGCCCAUGCAUAACGGGGCCAUGCCGCAGUUUGUUAGAGUACCUUCACCACUACCGCCAGGCACAUCCCGGCCGUCGUCGAGGACGGCCCAGCAUCCUCCAAACGUCCGACGACCCAGCUCGAACCUUGCUCCACCACAUAUGCAGACGCAGGGUCCGCCACCUCAGCCGAGCUACGCUUACACACCCAAUCCACCCUUCUACAACCCGCAGGCUGCCGCGCAGAUGCAACCGCGGCCGGAGAUGCAGGUUCGACCCGUCCAGCAAAGCCACCAAGCGACCUACCCACCACCAUACCCCCCGGUCACCCAUGCCCAGAUCCAGCAAGCUUACAUGGCCGACCAGAGGCGAUCAUCCGGACCGCCCGCCUUCCCGCCACAGCCAGCCCCUCAAGCGAACAUGCAGCGGCCACCGUCGGAUCAACAUCUGCAACCGCCGCAACACCGUCCAAUGCCUUCGCCACAACCACACCAAGGACCACCGCGGCCUUCUCCAUCCCCGCAACCACCCCAACAACAUUUCGCAAGCCCUGCCAUGCCGCAGCCUAGACCCCUCCCCGCAGCAGCCAAAUCCCAAUCCAUCUUCACGCCCAUUGACGACAGCAGAUCCAUGCUAGCCCAACACUGGGGCGCCAGCAUCGACUCCCAAAUCGACCCCGCAAUCAAACUGGAAGGUGGAAGCGGCCCCCGCUCCCAAUCCAUCGACAUCGCCGCCAUGCACCGCGAGAGACAGAACGCCGGCCAUCACAACGGCCUCUCCCCGAAACCACCACCUUCCGCCAACAAAACCCCUCUCAAAUCCCCCCAACCACCCCAAAGAACAACAAGCACCCCGAUCAUCGGCCCGCCCCAACGCACCGCAACCAUGUCCUCCGACGCCAAACGUCCGCGCCUCAAGGUCCAAAUCCCGAGUGAACAGCAAUCCGGCGACGAAGGCGGUGGCUCCCCCUCCGCCGACAACGAAACGGCCGCCACCACCGCCGCGCCCCACACGCAACAACAAGCACAACAACGCGUCCUCCCUCCUCCCUCCCCGAGCACGAAUGCCCUCCUCUCGGCCGGCGCACAAGGGCCACCCAACCCCUUCGCCCGCCCCGCGCCGCCCAUGAGCACGAAUCCGCACGCGCUCAACCGCGACGCCGCCGCCGGCGCAGUCAAUCAAUCCACGUCUACCGGUCCCGGUGGCGGUGUGGUGGGGCGGGAUUACAUCGAGACGCCCAUCUCUGCUCUGCCGUCACGAUUUAUGAAUCAGGAUUUGUUGCCCAGUCCGAGCAAUUUCUUUCCGGAGUGGGGGUUCGGCAGGGGUGGGGGUAGUGCGGGGGGGAUGGAUGGGGGGGUGGGGUUGCCGAGUCCGUUGAACUUCCAGACGCCGGUCGUGGGGAAUGGGCCCGGGUGGAGGCAGGAGGAGGAGAGGGAGAGGGAGAGGAAGAGGGGGUUGGAGGAGGGUGAGGGGGGUGGUGGGGGGGAUGGAAAGAGGGUUAAGACGUAG